AUGAUUCUUUCUUUUGAUCUAGAAGAAGAAAUGGGAGAAAACCGUGCAGCAUAUCGAAGUUAUGGAGUUUACUUUGCCGUUGCUUAUGAAAUUAAUAAUCGUAUUAGUCAAAUAUUGCGUCUACUUAGUCUUGCAUUUUUGCUUAUUUAUCAAAAUUCUGGGGACCAUGGUUUCUUCAAUGGUUUCAAAAAAGGUAUCUCAAAAAAGUUAGGAGAACGUGAAACUAGUGAAAAUGUCGAUGAUGUUGAAUUCCAAAAAAAACGUGAGACUAUUGAAAUUGUUGAGGAUGUUGAAGUUGCUCAGAGUGUUGAGGAUGUUCGAAACGCCCAGAAUGUUCAGAAUGUUCAAAGUUUCUUCAACGGUGUCAAAAAAAGUAUCUCAAAAAAAUUUGAAAAAAAGCGUGAACCAAGCGAAAAUGUUGAGGAUAUUGAAGUGGCUCAGAAUGUUCAUAGUUUCUUCGAUGGUUUAAAAAAAGGUAUCUCAAAAAAGUUCGAAAAAAAACUGGAAACUGGUGAAAUUAUUGAGGAUACUGAAAUUGUUGAUGAUGUUGAAACUAUUGAGGAUGUUGAAAUUGUUAAGGAUGUUGAAGUUGUUGAGGAUGUUGGAACAGGCGGGUAUCAUGAAGUACGAGAAGAUUUUGACACGAAUGAAAUUCUCGAAUAUGAAGAUGAAGAAUUGGAAUAA